UGAAACUUGAGUUGAAUAGGAACAGUUUUCAGCAUUAAUGAGCUGCAAAUCAACAAGGCAUUUCAAAGAGGAAAGUCAGACACCCACCACAGGCAGCUGCUCUGUGAAUGUUGGCCUGAAAGCGAGCUCAGCCCGCUGCUUCAGGUUUCUCACAGGGUUAAAGAGGAAGCAGUUCCGCCCUCAGAAGCUGCUCAGGGCUGAGGUAGAAGACAAGCAGAAAGAAUAGGGAAGAGCUCAGCACCGGAGCUGUUUCUGUCCUAACUCUAUCAAGACGAAACUAGGUCCUAAACUACGCCGCCGGACUUCGGAGGACUUUGGUACCCAGGUGUGGCUCUGUCCGCUAACACGUCGUCAGGGGGAGAAAAAACAUGCGCACGAUAAGUUUGAGUCUGAAACUGUGCCGAUAGAAGUGCAGCGUGUCCGUGUUUGAAGCUCCGGUUAACGCUUCAGAGUCUGGGGGGAUUUUGGUUUGGGCUUUUUGGGCGAGACCUGGUGAAUCAGGCCUUGAGACGCUUUUUAAUCUUCAAAGAAAGUUUCCCCGUUAGGAAUGAGUGGGGAAGAAGAGAGAUUCAAACUGGUGGUGGUGGGAGGAGGUGGAGUGGGGAAGAGUGCCCUGACCAUCCAGUUCAUCCAGUCCUACUUUGUGUCAGACUACGACCCCACCAUUGAAGACUCCUACACCAAGGUGUGCACUGUGGAUGGGAAGGAGACUCGGCUAGACAUUCUAGAUACAGCAGGCCAGGAGGAGUUUGGUGCCAUGAGGGAGCAGUACAUGCGCUCUGGAGAAGGCUUCUUACUGGUGUUUGCUCUCAACGACCGGGGCAGUUUUCAUGAGGUCCAGAAGUUCCACACCCAGAUCCUGAGGGUAAAGGACAGAGACGACUUUCCCAUGGUGCUGGUUGGAAACAAGGCUGACCUGGAGCAGCAUAGAGUGAUCUCCAGGGAGGACGCUCAGGCGUUUGCCAGAGAGAACAAGAUCCACUACAUGGAAGCUUCUGCCAAGAAUCGCUACAAUGUGGAUGAAGCUUUUGUGGAGCUGGUGCAGAUCAUCAGACGGUUUCAGGAGAUGGAGAGUCCUCCUCCUCCAACUCAACAAACUGGGAAACAGAACAGUCGUGGCUGUCCCUGUGUCAUCCUGUAGGCAUCGUUACUAUGGACACCAAACUCUCAUCCCACUUGAGCUUGUACAAAGAAAUGUGUGUGUGCGCAUGUGUGUGUGUCAGAGUGAGUGACAGAUAAGGUCUAUCAACCAACCUUCCAGAACACUUUCUUUGCCAUUUACCAAAAACUUUUUUUUUGUUCAGCCUCUAAUUUUUUGUAUUAUUUUCAUGAGAAGGAUGUAAAGAGAAGGUUGUCUACAGCAGCAGAUAGAGAAACAGGAAAUGAAACUUGUCACAUCAGAGCCUGAUGUACAGAAGAAGAGCUGCCUCAUCAUUCAAUGACAGACUGCAUUCUGAAUGCAGACCCUGAGUGUAGAUUUGAGUCAGAAAGUAUUUCACAUUCUUGUGCAAUGUGGCACGCCCUAAACUAGUCAUGGGCUGUACUGUCAUCUCCCAUGACUUCCUGAGGGGGGCAGCAGAGCCUGACGGCUGAAACAACAUGCCUGCUUCGUAGUGUGCUUAUGCUUUGGGUUCUGUCUACAGUUUGAGGAGGUUUAUCACCGGUAGCCAUAGCAACUAUAAAUACUGUGGCUUCUCUGCUCUGAUCACAUCUAAAGUAUUUCACCUGGUGCUUUUGCAAUGCAUGGCCCACAUAAGCUUGGUGCUUUAGUGGGGAAAUUGUGUUUUUAUGAAAUAUUACAUAGACGUCAGCUGGAUGCAGUAUUUCUUAACAGAACUGAUUUCUUUAUUUGCACACUUAGGGCACUAAUUCAUCGACUACAGCACCUGUACUAUGGUAAGAGGAGAUUAUCAGGGUAGUAAUUUGCCACAGAAGCAGCAGUGAAGGCAGUAUUUUAAAAAUGACCCAGAGCUUUUGGAGUAGAUUGUGCUUCAGUAAAACCCCUAGUGUUCAUGUUUUAAAAGGAUUUAAAGUAAUCAUUUUAAAUCACACAUUUCUGCAUUUGGCUGAAGAAGUGGAGGUUAAUAGUUCAGUGCUUUACUGCAUAUGCGCUCCAUGAAACGAAUAAAAAAUAACCACAAUUAAUGAAGAACGAUGUUUUCUCACAGAUUUAAAGGACAAAAUAAAUUAGACAGCAGUUACAUGUGUAAUCAGCAGAGUUGGAUUUGGGUCUAGAGCAAGUUUUGGUUUCCUAACCACUAAGGAAAAAAUCUUUUAGUAAUGCAAAUUACAGUACAUUAAUAGGUAAUCCUUCACAUCAGCAAAGGAUUAUCUUUGCUGCUUUAAUGCAUUCAUUCAAAUAUGAAUUGAUUCAUGUUAAGUAGCCCAUAGACAUAUCCUAACUUGUUCAAGUUAGUAUAGUAUAGUCACCUUCAAGAUAGGUGACUAUCUUUUGUUCAAAAGAUGUUUCUUUGUGAACAUCUCCAUGCUGUUUACAAAGAAAUGUACUAUAAUUUUUUGAAAUACUUGAAUAUUGUCUAUAUUCAUAAAAAUCCCCAAAUAUUCAGGCAACUCAACUUAUUUAAGCCUAUAAAUUUGAUAUAAAGUACAAAGUUAACAAAAUACUCACUCAUUAAAAAAAAAAAACUAAUCAAAAAAACUUUUAUGGCCACCCUCAAAAAUCAGAGCCUUGGGCUACUGCCCCUGAAAGCCCAUUCCAAAGUUUUCCCGGUUAACCAGAGUCCUAAUGGAGGAUUGUCUGAUUGGAAAUGUGGGAAAAAUCCAAGAUUGUGAAAUCCUCAUGAGUCCAUUCACAAUGCUGUGCCUCUGCAAAGGAGGAAUGAUAUAUGUUGAUAAUAAUCUGCUGUAAUUUUCAUUUUAAAAAUAAUUUUUAUCAUUGUUUACCCCAAAGCAGCUUUGUUGUUUAAUUUUUUGUUGACAGUAUUACUCUCCAGCAGCAGCAGCGGCCCGGGGGGCGGAGCGUUCAGGGCCAUUUGGCUGCUGUUCAUAAAGGUUCAGGGUAAAAUGAAAAAACACAACCUGUACAUUUUAACUCAUAGACGAAUUAUUGGACAUGCAGAUAUACUUCCUACAUGAUGCUUUUAUUGGGGAUAGGUGAGGUGCUAUUUGUUGUUUUAUCACAAUGCAAUAAGGUACAGACAGCCACCUUUGUGUUCUGAUUAGUAAAUGGUUUAAAGUUGUUAUAAUAAGUUUUGUGAGAUGCAAACUACACUGUGGUCCUGGUGUUUAUUUCAGGUUGGAGGUGGUUGGUUCACCUUUUAUCUGUUUUACAAAUCCAGAUGAUUACAGCGAAGCCUCUCAUUUAUUUGGUUUCCAACAUAAGAAGGGACGUGUCGUUCAAAGCUUUACCUGAAACUGUAGCAAACAUCACUUUGUCCUGGAGUAUAAAACAAUCAGUUUUCUUAUAUGGCAAUGUUGUCAGCAUAUUAUCACCACUUUCAGGAGAUCAGAAGGAAUUAAUGUAUAUACUCAAAUCUUACAAUAGACAAUCAAAUUAGGCAUAUUCU